GCGAACAAAGAGUAGUAGUUCUCUCUGAUUUGUCACUGCUGGCUUUGUAGACACUAUAUGUAUCAUGUCAUAUAUGAUUUUACAGUCAGAGCAAGGAUGAGGGGGCUUUUGGUGUUUCUGUUGAGCUUCAGUCUAGCUGAAGGAAAACUAGUGUCAAAAUGUGAUCUAAGAGACCUGCUGAUGAUGCCGAUUGGUACCCUAAUGGACAUGACUGGAAAGGGAGGACCACAAGUGGAGAACAAAGUGGCUCAGAUUGUUUGUUUCGUUGAGUUUGCAUCCGGUAAUGACACCACUGCCGUGAACCGCCGCCCUCCUCCCCGCAGCAGCACUCAACACGAGGAAGAGGACUGGACGCUUUAUGGUCUUUUCCAGCUCAGCAGUAAGGUGGUCUGCAAGGAUGACCACACAAAUUCAUUAAACUUCUGUGAGAUGGACUGCACCAAAUUGCUUGAUGACGACAUCAGUGAUGACAUUACAUGCCUAUUAAAGAUCCUCACGAAGAUUCGUGAAGAAGGUUUGUCGAUGAGCCAGGAUUUACAAAAAAUGGUCAGGCUCAUCUUCCACGGAGAGUGCAAAGAUAAAAAAGCCUUAGAUUACUUCUCUGACUGCGUAUAAUCAAUAUUAAUCUAAACAUCUCUUAAAGGAUGGGCCUUCUUUCUCAAAUGAGUAGCCUACUGUUGAUCCAUGACAUCAAUAAACUGA